AUGAUUCCUUACCGUGGGCCUCCUAAGCCUGCAGCUCGGAAGAGUUCUUUCCCUGAGCAUCCCAAUAACAAGCGGCGGCGUCUUCCAGGCUCGCCGUUGCCGGAAUUUAUGAAUCGCUGCAUCGGGAUCAGCUCCAUGAACAUGGUUACGCGUCAGCCUUCCGAAGCCCGAGAGGUGCCCGUGGACGUCACUCAUGCUCCGACUGCGACAUUGGAGGUUGCAUAUCAACCGGCGGGUCCGGAGACAGAGGCUGAUAAGCUUCUGGGCUACCCACUUCGCCACGCCGAGCAUAAACCCCCCGGCAUCCAGGGACCUCCGUUGUUGCCGCGAGCGUACUGCUCCCGAGAGAACAGCCGACAAGCCGAGGACCGCGAAAGUGCUCAAACAGAGCUAGCUCCGAGCCCGGCAGGAAGUUGCAGCCCGCAAGAUCGAUACGGAUCUUUGCCUGUCCCGGGGGUUCACGAACGUUCAUCAGUCAUCAGCAACCGGCUCUUGUCAACGCAAGGCGAGUCCACACGAGCGUCACCUCAGAUCCCCUGUUCCUCCCCAUCUCGACCAUUCGUGAUUCCACGAGAAGAGCUUGCCAUCCAAGUCGUCGACUUCGAGGACCUGGCCGCGCACACAGCCAAGUGUGACGUGUGUGACAAAAGAAACACAGACGGCAUGUGGCGGUGCAAGCCUUGCGGAUGGCAGUGUUGUCGUCGGUGUCUGGCGGAACGAUGCGGAGAUCGCUCACACCCCAAAGCGGGUAACCUUCACGUCCCACGAGACAUGGUCAAGAAGAUUUCCUCCGGCUAUGCGGCAGCUGACCCUUUUCGACCUGUUUCGUCUGCUUCCCAGCCAGACCAAAGUUCACACGAGUCCACCUCUGCGCCGACUGUGACCACCGACGAACAGGCGGCUCGUCUCCUCAAUAUUAUGCGGAGCGACAAUUGGGAGCGACGCGAGCGGAUGCCUAUGAGGAUGCUCAAUAAUGCUGCGGCUCCCGCUCCCAUCCAGCGUGCCGUGGAGGCCAACCGUCAACGAACUGACAAGAGGAUGGAGGUUCCAUCUGAGAUCGGCCAGGAUGGAACGGUGGAUCUCGAGAACCUGCCUGACCACCUCGUCAAUGUACGUCGCAAUCCAUCCCGAAGGGCGAGACCCGCUGACAUGAAGGAGUGA